AUGCUCGUAACGAGCGUUUUCCGCGCUGACGUCUCGAUAUCCCCGGCUCAGGCGACGUGGUUCGGGGUAGCUGCUGCAGUGGCCGUUGUUGGCGCAACGACAUUCGUGCUCUCAUCCAUCGGCAAGCCCGAGGUCAAAGGCAAGUCCACCACAGAGCUUAGCGGAGGAAAGCUGAAGAAGGAUGAAGUGGCUAACGGCUGGACUAACUACGACAGAUAUUUCCAACAAAAUCCUGGCGAAGGAGUCACCGAGAAGAGCCAAGCUCCUCAAUUUGUGGACACAUUCUACAAUCUUGUGACCGACAUUUACGAAUGGGGUUGGGGUCAGAGCUUCCAUUUCUCGCCUGCGCUUCUCCCCGGGAAGUCCGAUAGGGAAGCGACGAUCGCUCACGAGGAGUACAUUGCGACUAUCUUGAAGCUUAAGCCCGGAAUGAAGGUUCUGGACGCGGGAUGCGGAGUCGGAGGACCAAUGCGGGCGAUCGCGGCCAAGUCCGGAGCGAAUGUUACCGGGAUUACUAUUAACGAGUAUCAAGUGGAGCGUGCUCAGCAGCACAAUGCCCGGAGAGGGUUGGACAAUCUUUGCACGGUCGUUCAAGGGAACUUUCUUGAACUGCCGUUUGAGGAUAACAGCUUCGAUGCUGCUUAUUCUAUCGAGGCUACCUGCCAUGCUCCCAAGCUGACGGACGUCUACGGCGAGAUCUUCCGCGUGCUGAAGCCUGGCCAGCUGUACGCGACGUACGAGUGGGUGAAAACGCACAAGUACGACCCGAACAACAAGGAGCACGUUCAGAUUAUUGACGACAUCUGCUACGGAAACGCGCUCCCGGAGCUUCGGUCUUACAAGGAGAUCGUGGAAGCUGCUGAAGCGGUGGGGUUCGAGGUUAUCGACAAUAGGGAUGUCGCUGCUCCCCCUGCUCUCCCCUGGUGGACUCGCCUCAAGAUCGGCCGUAUCGCGUAUGCUCGCAAUCACCUGCUCGUGAAGAUCGUGUCAAUGCUCAACAUUGCGCCCAAGGGAUUGGUGGACGUUCACAACAUGCUGACGACGGUCGCCGUGCACCUGACACGUGGAGGCGAGACCGGGAUCUUCACUCCCGCGCACCUGCUGCUGCUUCGGAAACCCGCUGCGCCGGCCUCCACUUAA